GUCAAAAAUGAACAAUCGCGAUAUAAAUCGCACGCGAAUAGAACUACGAUAAUUAUACGUCAUCCGCGUUCGAGAAAGCGAAAGAGAGUGAAUGAGAAGAAAUGAAGAGGAACCCCUCUUAGGAACUUUCGCGACCCAACAACGGAUAAGUUCGACACUAAAGCUUGCGCAGGGGGCAAUGCGCGGUGAAUGUGUGCCGACGCGGACUUAGUUCUAGCGAUAGUUUAUGAUAGAGCGGUGUGUAAGUGCGGUUAAAAGCUCGUCGACAUCGGUAACGCAACUCCGUCGAGCGAUUUGUCUAUCAUUGAACUGCAGUCAUGGAAUCCGGGAGUAACUUGCCCAAUGCGGGCAAUUAUCCUGGAGGUGAUCGCCAGCAGUUCUGUGUCUCUUGGAAUUCCCACCAGUCCAACAUGCACAGUGCGUUUCCAAAGUUGCUGAGCUCGGAGCAGUUUGUGGAUGUGACUCUGGCUUGCGACGGAGGGUCGAUAAAGUGUCACAAAGUCGUACUGUCUGCCUGCAGCGACUAUUUGGAACGUUUAUUGUUAGAGAUACCAUGUACUCAUCCCGUUAUCUUCUUGAGGGACAUGAAGAUGUGGGAACUUCAAGCUUUGGUUGAAUUUAUGUACCGUGGGGAAGUAUAUGUCGAGCAACAGCAACUUGCUACAUUGAUGCAAGCGGCAGAAGUUUUGCAGGUUCGUGGCUUAUCUACUCAGGGAUGCGAUAACUCGUCGAAUGAGAGCAAUACACAAUCGUGUGAUUCUAACGCACCUGUCACCCCGUCUACACCAACUCCACAAAAUGACACUACUAAUUUCAAAGAUAAUACUUCAUCUAAUGAUGGAAGUACCUCUGACUUCCUCACAUGCCCGACAAUGGCCGCAACUAGCACAGGAAACAAUUCGUCCACCAUUACCCCUGUAUCACACAAUCCUAAUCCUUCUAACUUUGUAAACAUGGAACAUAGCGAAGCAUUGCAACACCUAGAGAAGGCUUUAAGUGCUUGCGAGGCGACUCUCACUGAAACUCCGGGCAUGGUGAAAAUGGAACCGGACGAGCAGUUCUCUCAGCAGUCUGAAACUGUCAAACCGUAUUCCAUUAGUAUGGUACCCAGUAGUAAUUGCAAUCCUAGCAGCCCUUUUCCCGCAAUCGAAGGUUAUCAGAGACGACAAAGACGUUCCGAAGAAGAACUCAAGCUAGCUUCGGACAUGGUGUCGCGCGGCAUGACAUUUCAAGUAGCCUCGGAAAAGUACAAGAUACCGAUCAGCACAAUUCGAUUCUAUAUGGUCAGAAAGGGGAUCCUGCAGAGGCGAAAACGCGGUCGUGGCUCCAGCAAUCUCGGAAUGAACAGUCAACCGGGUAGUCCGGCCAGUCCACCGUAUCAUAUGAUGAAUUAUCGUUUGCCGGAGAGCCUAAAUUCCAGCCUACCGUAGUGCUGUACAAAGAAGUACAUUUGGAUAAAGCCAUAUUUUUCCAUGCAACGCAAUAAUCCAGCAAAAUAAAUGACAGUUAAAACUGAGAAGCAGCCUAAAAUAGGAAAGGAAAGAGUGCCAGAUACAAAACUAAAGCGGACAUGAACAAUAACACAUAUAGAGGAUAAAGUUUAUCUCUAUCACUUAGAGUGUGUAACUGCCUUUCUCUGGCCUCAUACCCUGGAUCAUUAAUUUAUUUAUAUUAGACAAUAUUAUACAAAAGAUACAUGUAAAGGAAGAAACUAAUCUAACUUAGAAAGCUUGUUAGAGCUUCUAUCGGUUGCAGUAAGACUGCUGCCAUCCGACUGACGAUAAAACACGUUUUCAAGAAGCUAAAGUUGAACAUUUAAUCGAAACAUAUGUCACAGAUCUUACAUAAUUGUAUUUAUUCUCAUUUAUUUCAUUUUUUUAUGCGAUUAUUACAUAUUUAACGUGAUUGGUUAUUUCUCUACUUGUGUUUCACGAUAUAUCGAAAUAUCGGAGAGAAAAGAAAAAUUAGUCGCAUAUAUUGGACAUUGUGAUGUAUGUUAACGCGAAUUAAAAGCACGACUUACAAUUGUUGCCUGUUGUAAUGUCCAGUAACUGAAAGAUAAUUGAACUGUAAUGAAUUACUCGUAUAUAAAAGCAUUCUUUCCAACGAGGAAUCAGUAUAUAUCGUGUAAAUCAUUGUUCUAAGAGUUCCAGUUGACAAAGAUUUUAUACGGAUCUAUUAAACCAGUAUUUCAAACCAAUGAAAAAUAAUUAGUUUUCUAAUAAUACAAUACAUUUUAUGUGAAUUUAGUACAGUGCUUAAGUCAUUAAUGCUCAGCGUAUCUAACAAAUAUUUUUAGUGGAAAUCCGUGUCAUACUCACAUGUGUAUCAUAAUGUCUUAAAGUAUGUAACUAAACCACAAUCAAAGAAGUAUGAACGAUACUUAACUAUUAUCAUAAUAGCAACUAUUAAUAGCAGUAAAUAGGUAGCCAUUUUGAGGCAGUUUAUAUUAUAUUUAAUUACACCGUAUCGCUUUGGUCUCUCCGUUUUUACGAUGGUAUUAUUAUUUGUAGAUAGAAUCAUAACUCUAGAAUCGAUCGAACCUCGAAUCACUUAUUUUUAAGUCUUUUUUUUACAGUUACCGAGAAUAUCUAACGAAUUAAAUAGGCAAUGCAAUCGAAAACACACUUAUAAACAUACCUAUGAGAUCUGUAAUUGCGUCAUCAAUGGAUAACUUGACGGUUAAUUUUCAUUUGUUAUUCGAUUAGAUAUAUUCAAAUUAUUAUAUAUUACGUGUGUGACUACAUAAAUUUAUAAUAUGCGUAUAAGUAAGUAUUUUUAUACAAUCCCUUUUUAGCUUAAGUUUUUAUUAUUAGUGAUUUGGAUUAUUAGCGGUAGAUAUAUAUAGUGAUGGAAUCUGUACUACUUCAUCAAAUAAUUUGUGACAUCAUGUGAACUUUCCGACGUAAUACCUUGCUAACGGGUGCCCGCAUUCUUUGAGUGAAAAAAUAAAUAAUUAAACAUGCGCCGAAAUAUUCUACGAGAAUAUUUUUGUGUAAUUAUUUACUUGACCAUUAAUAUUCUGUAUUACGUCGGAACAGUUACAAAGAACAACAAUUACAUUCUAUAUGUUAAUUUGCUUCCUAUAAGAUCGACAACAUAUAUAGUUGCUUGCCUAUUUGCGACUAAAAUUUGUGUGCGAUGUUGAAUGAUUCUGUAGUGACGACAAAUUGAUUGCGAUUUAGUUAUAAGAGUUCAAUUUUCUAUAAUUGUAGAUUACGUAAGAGUAAUAAGUCUAAAGUAUGAUUAUAUAGAGCUUUAUAUGGAUAUA